CAGUCACUCAUAGUCACUCAUAGUCACUCAGUCAUUCUCACAGUCAAUUAGUCACUCAUAGUCACUCACCAGAUGGAGUGCAUGCACGGCCAGAUCUCCGGGCUGCAGCACCAGCUGAAGGAGUCGGAGGGGCACGUCCAGGCACUUGGGAUGGAGAAGGCGCAGCAGCAGGACGCGCAUCGAAAAGAGGCCUGCGAGCUGGCGACAGGGCUGGAGGAGGUCCGGCUCACCCUCACCGAUGCUUUUAAGCAGUUCGAGCGCAACUCCAAGAAGGCUCAGGAGGACGAGGACACAAUCACUCGGCUGAGGGAGGAGCUCAAGGCGAGCAAGGAGGAGCUCGCAGCGAGUGAGGCGGAGCGCGCCAGUGCCCAGCCGGAGCUCUCCACCCCCCAACAGGGACUGUCGGCGCUGCAGGAUCAGCUGACCACGUCCCAAGCUGAGAAUGAGGACACUCUGCGUCAGCUGUUCGAAAGGAGCCAGGAGCUGGGAUCCCUGCAUGCGGGGAUUCUUUGGUAUCAGCGUAUGCUGGCCGAGCUGCACACAGAGCUGGAGCAGUACCGCGAAAACGCACAGAUCGCACGCUCACAGCUGCAGCAUUUGGACAUGCUGCGCCAGCAGAGCGAGGCGGAGCUCAUCGAAAAGAAUGAGCACCUGGGAUCCCUGCAGGUGGGGAUUUUGGGUUACCAGCGUGUGGUGGCGGAGCUGCACGCUGAGCUGGCGCCAUGCCAAGAAAACCUGCAGAGCAUUCACUGUCAGCUCCAGGAUCUGCAAGUGCUGCACCAGCAGAGUGAGGCGAAGCUCAUUGACAGGAACUUGGCAACUGGAAUCUCUGCAGGCAGAGAUUCAGUGGUAUCAACGUGUAGUGGCGGAGCUGCACGCUGAGCUGGCGCCCUACCGCGACAACGAGCAGAGUGAACACUCGGAGCAGCAGCGUCUGCAGAGCGAGGUGGAGGUGAGUGCACAGCACUCGCGCAUCGCACACACACACACGUAUAUAAUUUGCGUUUAACGUAAAUAAUAGAUUCAUGCACACACGAUUCAGUGUAUUAUGAUAUGAUGAGCUGGUCUAACCAUCACGUUAAGCCGUCAUGGUCCCCGUUUACAAAUACAGAUUAUCUAUCUAUAGACAAUUUCAUUAUUGCUGGACACAGUGAUAAUGAUGAGAAUGAUUUAGCACCUUUCUGUACACCGGGGCAUCUCAGAGCGCUUUACAUCACAUCUCAUCUCAACACGUGUGAAAGGGCACCCCCAAUGACAGAUGUCCCUGUGGGCACAAGGUGACUCAGCACCUGGUGUGCAAUUGGCAUUUGUCUGCCAGUAGGGGGUGCUGAUUGUUGUGUGUAAUCCCAGUUGAGCUGGUAGAAGU